AAGGUGGAUCUUCUCUCGCUAAUAAACAAGACAAACCCACCGCCGCGCACAUUCCGCCUCUCCCCAUCCCCCCUUAUUAAAUACUGCCAAAAUUACAAUUUACUCUCCACGCAGCCACCUCCCCAACUUGCAUCCUUGAUAUUCCCACCAAUCUCCUCUCACUGCAUCACCCUCUGUGAGUCGGCUAUACAGAGAGAGAGAGAGAGGGAGACCAUAUUUUAAUUCCAGAGAGAGAGAGAGAGAGAGUGUGUGUGUUUUGUAGACAUAGAAGAGGAACUUGUGUGCUUGUUUCUUACUCUUCCGCUCUGGCUUUUGCUGUUUCACAUUUCGAUCCAACCUUGUCACUCUGUAUCCCAAUUUCUCUCUCUCCGUCUGUUUUGUAGUCUCACUCAUGCUUGUCUGUAUUGCAUUCCCUCUCUAUCACCUCAUUAAUUACUCCAAUUCUCACCUUUCUCUGUCUCACCUGCACUUCUGCCACUGUGAGAGACUGAAUUCCUGACCGUAGUAUUCAUUGUUCGUCACCGUAUCAUCGUUUUCCUUCCAAUUUUCUUCGAAUCCAAACAGAUUGGUUAUACCUUUUCAAGAUUGGAUUUGUACUUAGAAUCUCCAUGUACUCGUUCCGUUUCAAGCUGCUUCUGAUGACCUAGAUCUUUGGUGUAAUUUCUGUGGCUGAAGUCUCUGUUUUAAGAAACAUUUGUUUGUAACGGGAGAUCUAACCCGUAAUAAGUUACUGUUAGCAGCUUUGUGGCGAAAAUCUUGUAGUGUGGACUAGAUUAAUCGAAGAUGCUGACUUGUAUGCCGUGUUCGAAGCAGCUGGGCGGUGGAUCUCUCACGCAACAAGACGACGACGACGACGACACCGCCAAUACACCUAGCACCAAGCAAGCCAUCAAAGCUCUUACCUCUCAGAUCAAAGACAUUGCGUUAAAAGCUUCGGGAGCAUACAAGAACUGCAAGCCGCCGUGUUCUGGUUCUUCGAAUCACAACCGGAACAGGAACUACGCCGAUUCCGAUGUGGCUUCGGUAUCAGAGAGGUUUAAUUGCUCGUACCGACGGACAGGGGGUAGCUCGAUUUCGACGCCGAGGCUGUGGGGGAAGGAAAUGGAGGCAAGGUUGAAGGGGCUAUCUAGCGGGGAAAACACGCCGGCGUCGGUGAGCGGCCGGACCGAAUCAGUAGUGUUUAUGGAGGAAGAUGAGCCCAAGGAAUGGGUUGCCCAGGUGGAGCCUGGUGUUCUUAUCACUUUUGUUUCGCUGCCUCAAGGAGGGAACGAUUUGAAGCGGAUUCGGUUCAGUCGCGAGAUGUUCAAUAAAUGGCAAGCUCAAAGAUGGUGGGCUGAGAACUACGACAAGGUUAUGGAAUUAUACAAUGUUCAGAGAUUCAAUCAACAAGCAGUACCAGGACCAACACCAGCAAGAUCCGAGGAUGAGAGCUCAAAGGUUGAAUCUGCUGAAGACAUCCCUGUGACACCACCUCUCAGCACUGAGCGCCUACCCCGCAACUUCCACCGUCCGACAGGGAUGAACUACUCUUCAUCUGAUUCACUUGACCACCACCCGAUCCAAUCCCAUCGUUACUAUGAUACCAGUGGGCUUGCUUCAACCCCGAAACUGUCUAGUAUCAGUGGUGCAAAAACAGAGACAUCAUCAGUGGAUGCUUCUGGAAGGAGUAGCUCGUCAAGAGAGGCAGAUCACUCUGGGGAGCUGUCUGUCAGUAAUGCUAGUGAUUUGGAGACUGAAUGGGUUGAACAGGAUGAGCCAGGAGUCUACAUCACUAUCAGAUCAUUGCCUGGUGGCACUAGGGAGCUUCGACGAGUUCGGUUCAGCCGAGAAAUGUUUGGAGAAAUGCACGCGAGAAUAUGGUGGGAAGAGAACCGAGCCAGGAUACAAGAACAAUACUUGUGAUUACAUAAUUUAAUUGCGAUUCAGCGGUGAUCAAGCAGACCGUGUUUCCUUUUCUUAAUUUAGUGGGUUUUUCACCAUGAAGUUGCAGACACCAAAUGGUACCAGGGUAAAACUUCAUUUCAUAGUAAUAUGCUGCUAUUGGUUAGCCUCAGCAUCUGAAAUAGAUUUCGCUUCUCUUUAAAGAUAAGAGAAAGCCAUUGCUUGCUCUGCGUUCAUUUUUGUAAGCAAUUUAAUGACUUGAAAGCCUUGUCAAAUUUGUAACUUAGAUUUACAGCUGAGAUUUUGUGUUCCUACAUCCGGCAACCCUUUUCCCAUUUGGUUAGAAAGAAAAGAAUGCUGGACUCUCUCCCACUGUGGGGGUAUUUCUUGAGUUGUAGCUUGGUUGUUUGACAGACUUAUUUGUAUAGUUCUGGAUGGGUUGUUGGACUUUUAAUAUCAAGUUCUUCAUGA